AUGGGUUCUCCAAAAGCUCCUCAACUACGACUCGGCGACGGCGUCUACGUCCCCACCCUCGCCUUCUUCACCCCCGACGACGAGGUCGACUCCCCAGCCCUGGAGAAGCACAUCAUCAAGCUCCUCGAAGCAGGAGUCGCUGGCAUCGUCGUCCACGGCUCCAACGGCGAGUGUGCGCACCUUUCACACUCUGAGCGCUCCGCCAUCAUCCGCGUCGCCAGGGAUACCAUCCUCCACGAGUCCACCGGCGCUCGCAUCCCCCUCAUCGCCGGCUGCGGCGCCCAGAGCACCAAGGAGACGACCCAGCUGUGCGAGGACGCCGGCAAGGCGGGCGCCACUCAUGCCCUGGUUCUCCCUCCCAGCUACUACGGCGGCUUGCUCCCCGACGACCUCGUUGUGCAGCACUUUUAUGACGUGGCCGACAAGAGCCCUAUCCCUCUUCUCGUGUACAACUUCCCCGGCGCCGCUGCCGGCCGCGAUCUCUCAUCCGACACCAUCCUCAGCAUCGCCAAGCACCCCAACGUGGUGGGCGUCAAGCUGACGUGCGGCAACACUGGCAAGCUUGCCCGCAUCGUGGCCGACUGCCCCGAGGGCUUCUUCGUCGGCGGCGGCAGCGCAGACUUCAUCCUCCAGGGUCACGCGGUGGGCGCCAAUGGCACCAUCUCGGGCCUCGCAAACCUAUGCCCCCGCGCGUGCGUGCGAAUCAUGGAGCUCGCCGACGAAGGGCGCUGGAAGGAGGCCCGACAGCUGCAGGCGCAGGUGGCCAAGGCCGACUGGACGGCCAUCAAGACGGGCUUCGUGGGCGUCAAGGCGGCGCUGGGCCACUACUUUGGCUACGGGGGCGAGCCUCGAAGACCCUGCGUGGCGCCGUCGCAGAAGGAGCUGGACGUGAUCGCCCGGGGGUUCCAAGAAGUCAUGGAGCUGGAGCCGACGCUUUGA